AUGACUCCUAGGAAGAAGCGCAAGAGUGCGCCGCCGGUGCCCGUGACCGUGAGCGCCGCCGACCGCAUCGGCGCCCUCCCCGACAUUCUCCUCCAGCACGUGCUCUCCUUCCUCCCGGCGCAGGAGUCCGUCCGGACGUGCGUGCUCUCCCGGCGCUGGCGCCACCUUUGGAAGUCCACGAGAGCCCUGCGCAUCGUCGGCCUCGACAGCCGGGAGCCUGCCAGCGUCGAGGACCUCCGGGUGUUCGUGGACCAUCUGCUGAUGCUGCGCGACCGCACCGACCUAGAAAGUGUCGAGAUGAGAUUCCAUAGUUGCUCCGAAGGCGAGGUGCCCUAUGUGAGCCUAUGGACCCGUUUCGCCCUCAUGUGCAAAGUUCGGGCGCUCGCCGUUGAAAUCUCUCAUGCAUAUUUCUACCCGGACGACCUGCUUCUUGCCUCUCGGUACCUGAAAACACUGGACCUUUAUGGUCUAGGCCUGCAGAAGGCAUUUCUUGAUUUUGCUGGCUGUCCAGCGUUGGAGGAUCUGAAGAUGAGUGAGUGUAACAUCUCUGUCGAUAGGAUGUCAUCACCUUCCCUGAAGCAUUUGAGCAUCACUGGUUGCCUCUCCGAUUUGCGUGCCCGGCUCCGCAUUUCUACUCCGGGCCUUGUCUCUUUGAAGCUCGAUGACUUUUUCGGUAAAACCCCUUUCCUUGAAAACAUGGAGUUGCUACAGAUCGCAUGUGUGAAUCUUGGCAAAAGCUUCAGUGAUGUCUGUAUGAAUUAUAACUCCGGUGUCUUCUGUGGAGAUAAUAAGAAUGGAUGUGUCAAUUGUCUUUCACAUAACGAUGGCAGCAGCGGUUGCGUGCUUCUGGGUGGGAUCUCAAGUGCUAAACAUCUUGAAUUGAUAUCUGAAUCGAGCAAGUUCAUUUUCACAAGAGAUUUGAAAUGCUGCCCUACAUUUAGUAAGUUAAAGACUUUAUUACUCAAUGAGUACUGGUGCGAGGCUCCGGACUUGGAUCCACUAGCUUGCAUUCUGAAAAAUUCACCAGUUCUAGAGAAGCUCACUCUUCAACUUUUUUCAAAGGGACCAACUCAUAAAGUGGAAAUGAAAGGAAGCUACAGUCGAAUGGAGGGACCAUCUGCAAUAUCAGAGCACCUUAACAUAGUUGAAGUCAAGUGUAAUGUGGUCGACGAGAAGAUUCUCAAAGUCUUGAAGUUCUUAUCUGCAUUUAACAUACGUAAGCUAACUAAUGACUCUUUACAUGAUCUCUAUGUGCUUAAAUUAGCUUUCAUAUGUGGGAAUGAAACUAAUAAGAAAGCCGGUAGUAAAUAGAAAACAAAUUAUGUAUGAAAAC